GUUGGGGGGGGGUGGGGGGGGCCGGACGCCCGAGUUCACACCGGGGGCAAGGUCAGGAGCGGGGGCUCGGUGUGGUGGUGGGCGUGGGGGGGGGGUGGUCUCUGGAGAUGAGGGGGACCCCCGGGUGCUGGGGGGUCACGUAGAGGGGGUGUGGGGGGGCAGCAUUUUGGGGGCUGCCGGCCGCUGACACUUCCUGGAUAGCAGGAAGCCGCUGGCGGCGGCACGUCCGGGCCCCCCCCAAAAAACAUCCCCCGGGUCCACAACUUCCCCCCAGACCCCUCCCCCAGAUCCCCCCUCAGCCGAGGGGCCGCUGGGGACACAGGGGGGUCCAGGCCAAGGGAGGACCCUCGUGUCCGGAGUGGGGGGGUCUCAGGUGCAUCUUUCCCCCCCCCCUCCCCUCAACAGCAACAUUUUGGGGUCCCUGCAGUGAGGAGGGGGUAAAAGGGGUCUGGGGGUGUCUGGGCAUGGAGGGACAGGGACGGGGGAAGGGGGGAGCAGAGGGGCGAGGAGCCCCCUCCCCACUGACCCCCGUGUCCCUCCCCAGGUGUCACCGUCGCCCCUCACCCCAGCGAUCGCCGAGGCCGGAGCCGCCUCCUCCCCCACCCCGGGGUCCCCCCCAUUGACCCGACCCGAGAGGGGCGCGUGGGAAAAGGGGAGGGGCCUCCCGCAAGCGGGAAUUCGCCAGCAGCCAAUCGGGGCGCGGGGCUCGUUCCCACGUUCCCAUUGAUAAAUCCCCGGGUGCGGGAUCCCGCGAAAGAGGGGGGGGGGGGGGUGUCCCCGAGACCCUGAAGGGGGUCCUAAAGAUUAUCUGAGGGUCUCUUGGGGGUCCUGGGGGUUUAGGGGGUUCCUAGGGGUCCUGGGGGGGGGGGGGGAGGGGAAGUAAUUGAGGUGGUCUUAGAGAUUUUCGGCGGGGGGGUCAUGCAGUCCGACGAUCUCUUCCUCCGCAAGAUGCGGAGUCCCUUGACCCGACCGCCCCUUUCCACCACCGCCCCCCCCGUGGUGGCCGCUGGGGGGGUCCCCUCUCCGCCCCCCUCCCCCGGCGGAGCCGCCCCCCGGCAGCGCAGCAGCAGCAGCGAAGCGGCCCUGGGGAGGUCCCCGGAGGAUGGGGGGUCCCCGGUGGGGGUGUCCCCGAGAAAUCGCACCCAAAGCCACGAGGAGGCGGCGGGGGGGGCCAGCCCCACGUCCCCCCGCUUCCGAGACCCUCUGCUGCUGCUGGGGCUGGCGGCGGCCGGGGGGGACCCCGAUUUCUUUCCCCGCCCACCCUGGAGUCCUCUCCUCGCCCAUUACGAUGUUCAAAGCAUCCUCUUCGAUCCCACCGAGCCCCCCCCGGGACCUCCCUGUCUCAUCUCGGGGGCUUCGGCCGCUCACUUGGAACCCGAGGAGCCCCCCGGGUCCCCCGGGGCCGCCCCCAAGCCCGAGGCGCUGGUGCUGAGCUGUCCCCGCUUCUGCUGCGAGACCGGGGGGGAGCAGGAGCCGGGGCUGGGGUCCCACCAGGGCCCCCCCGGGCCCGGGCAGCUGCCGAAUGCGGCGGUGGCGGUGCUGGAGGAGCCCCCGGCCGGGGCGCGACCCCCCCACCCCAUCGAGCACAGCGAUGAGGGCGCUGAGUAUUAUCGCAAAUAUUUCUAUGGGAAAGAGCACCACAACCUGCUGGGUGAGGACCCCCGGCUGGGGCCCGUGGCCGUGUCCCUGCGGCGGGAGGAGAAGGAGGGACCCCGGCCCCAGGUGCUGCACAGGAUCAUCCUGCGCACCUGCCAGCUGCGGACCCUGCGAGGGUCGGUGCUGGAGGAGGCGCUGCCCCCCGGCUGCCGCCCCCCCGGAGCACGAGGGGUCCCCCCACGGAAGCUUCUGGAGCUGCUGCUGCCGGGGUUGGCGGUGGGGGGGCUGCGCCUCGCCCCCUCCCCCGCCGUGCAGGAGACCCUCCUCAAAUUGGACGAGCAGGGGGUGAGCCGGCAGCGCAAGGUGGGGGUGCUGUACUGCCGGGCGGGGCAGGGCUCCGAGGAGGAGAUGUACAACAACGAGGGGCCCGGGCCGGCGUUCGAGCAGUUCCUGGUCCUGCUGGGCACCCGCGUGAGGCUGCGUGGCUUUGGGGGGUACCGGGCACAGCUGGACACCCGCACCGACUCCACGGGGACGCACUCGCUGUACACGACGUACCACGGCUACGAGGUGAUGUUCCACGUCAGCACCAUGCUGCCCUUCACCCCCCGCAACCCCCAGCAGCUGCUGCGGAAGCGCCAUAUCGGGAACGAUAUCGUGACAAUCGUGUUCCAGGAGCCGGGGGCACGCCCCUUCUCCCCCCGAGCCCUGCGCAGCCACUUCCAGCACGUUUUCCUCGUGGUGCGGGUGCACGAGCCCUGCACCCCAAAAACCACCUACAGCGUGGCCGUGGUGCGACCAGAAGAGACCCCCCCGUUCGGACCGGCGUUAGCAGAGGGACAGAGAUUUUUGGGGGGCGCGGGGCUGCGCCCCUUCCUGCUGGCCAAAGCCAUCAACGGGGAGAACGCGGCGGCGAGGGGGGGGCGCCUGGGGGCCAUGGCUGCGCGCACCCGCCGCCAGUACCUGCAGGAGCUGCUGCGCGCUCACGGAGGGGGGACCCCGCUCCCCGCACCCCCCCGAGGGCUCCCCACUCUUGGGGGGCUCCGCCGGGGAGGUUCCAGCUCGGGGGGUUCCGGUUCUGGGGGUUCUGGGGGGGUGGUAUCGGGGGCGUUGGUUUGGGGGGCACGAGCGGAGGGGGGGCCCGGGGGGGUGGAGCUGCCGUGCCUGCUCGGGGUGGCCACCGAGAGGCUCGUGUUGGUGGCCGCGCCACCCGGAGCGGUCGCCGAUGGUUGCGGUGGGGUCGCUCCGAAUUCAGCGAAACCCCCCCAAAAUCAGGGCGCGGGUUCGCUCCACCCCGGCGAGUUCACCCCAAACUCGGGGGUGCUCCCCGCGCACCCAGGGGAACCACCCCGCCAACCUGGCACGGUGGCCACAGCUCCGGGGGAGGUGGCCAACCACGGGGGGGUGGUCGCCAGCCCCUCCGGGACUCUGUUCAGCUGCGCCUGCCGGGACGUGCUGGGCUGGGCAUUCUCCGAGGGGCGCCUGGAGAUUUUCCACGGGGCGGGCGAGUGGCUCGAGCUGCGCUUGCCCCACGGGGCCGCCCCACAGGUGGUGGCCAGGCUGCAGGCAGUGACCCGGGGGUGCGAGGUUCAGGAAUUGGCGCUGCCGAGGGGGGCCGGGGGUCGCCGGGGAUUCCGCGUGGACCCCUCGGGGGUUGUGACCACCGUGACCCGCUUCUCGUUCGCCGAGACCGCGGGGCUGCGGCCGGGGGCGCGCCUGCUGAGGGUGGGGCGCUGCCCCCUCCCCCGAGGGGACCCCCGAAAGCUGCGGGCGCUGCUGAGGCGACCCUCGGGACCCCUGACCCUGCUGCCCCCCGAUCGCGAUGGGAGACCCCGGCGGAGUUUCUCGGAGCUCUACGCUCGCUCGCUGGAGCAGGGCCGGGGGUCGGGGGGGGACCCCGGUGUUGCAGGGGACCCCGGAGGGGACAUCGGCGACACCAGCAGCGACUCGGGGGGUGACAGUGACACGGGGGAGGCCAGGGGGGGCCCGGGGGGGCUUUCCCCCGACACCCUGCGGCUCCUGCAGGCGCUGGCGCUGGAUGAGGAGAGCACCCCCUUCCCCCCCGGCCCCCCCCAGCCCUGGGACCCCCAAAAACCCGAGCGGACGCGCCCCCAGCCCGUGAGUGACCCCGGACACGGGGAGCGCCCCUCAAACCCUUGGAACCUCCCCUUAAAUCCCCCGGAAAACCCCAAAAUUGUCACCCCCCCCCCCCCCCCUUCUCUGCCACCCCAGGCCCCCCCUGGCUGA